UGCCCGCCGACGCCUCCAACCCCGCCAGCGUGGUGGUGUCGGUGCUGAACGUGAGCGCCCCGCUGGGCACCCAGGCCCUGCUGCCCUGCAGGAGCCACCGCAUCGUCUGGACCCAGGACCGGCUCCGCGACCGCCAGCGCGUGGUGCACUGGGACCUGCUCAGCACCCGCGCCGGGGAGGGCAGGAUGGAGAGGCUGUGUGACAUGUACUCGGCUGGGAAGCAGCGUGUGUACAACUCCUACAACAAGGGGAGGAUCUUCAUGCCCCAGAGUGCUUUUACGGAUGGCAACUUCUCCUUGGUGAUCAAAGGUGUUGCAGAGAGUGAUGAAGGCACAUAUUCUUGUAGUCUCCACCACCACUACUGCCACUUACACGAAACUGUGAAAAUCCGACUCGCCAUCACCAAGAAAGCCCAGGAGGCCCGGGAGUACUGGGAUGGGGAGAAGCCUGUGAUCGUGGCCCUGGCUGGCAGCACGGUGGCGCUGCCCUGCGUGAACAGAAACCACAUCUGGACGGAGUGGCACAGCGAGGAGGAGCAGCAGGUGGUGCACUGGGACAGGCAGCCCCCGGGGGUGCCCCACGACAGGGCCGACCGCCUCAUCGACCUGUACGCCUCCGGGGAGCGCCGCUCCUACGGGCCCCUCUUCAUCAGGCAGAAGAUGAACAUCACCGACACGGCCUUUGCCCUGGGAGACUUCUCCCUGAGCAUCUCCCAGCUGGAGAGUGCAGAUGAAGGCACCUACUCCUGCCACCUGCACCACCACUACUGUGGGCUGCACGAGCGCAGGAUCUACCGAGUGUUCGUGACGGAGCCGGUGAGGGAGAAGAAGCUGGUGAACCUCACCACCCACAACAUCGCCCCCGCCGUGGAUCCCAACGUUGUCAGGGGCCACAACGUCAUAAACGUGAUCAUCCCCGAGAGCCGGGUGCACUUCUUCCAGCAGCUGGGCUAUGUCCUGGCAACUCUGCUGCUCUUCCUCGUCCUCCUCAUCAUCGUCGUCCUCGUCACCCGCAAGCGCCGGCAGAGAGGUUACGAAUACAAUGUGAAGAAAUAUGGAGAGAAGGAUGUAAAUCUUAAAGAAUUUACGGUCGACACAACAGAUCUGACUCAACAGAAAAGUGAAGACAUCAGGCUGGAUUACAAAAACAACAUCCUGAAGGAGAAGGCUGAGCAAGCCAGAAGCUUCCCAGCAAAAAACAUUGAUUUAGACAAAGAUUUCAGGAAGGAAUAUUGUAAAUGAAGACAUUGCCAAGCUGCUGGCUGGACCAGAAGCUUCAAUCAAAGAUAGAUAAAUGGAAGAGAGAUGCCUCUUAAUAUCACGGCCCUCCAGUUACCAUAGAUUUUUUUUUUUUCACAUAGACUUUCUCCCCACUAAGCACAAGGGUAUUUGCAAAUGCUUCUUGAAAGAGUUAGACUGUCUUGUGGGCACUUAUGAUGGGUUUGGGGUGCCUUUUCCUCUUCUGUUCUCCCAAUCCUCCAUUCCCCUUUUCUUUCUUGAUAUUAUUGUUGGUUUUAUGCAUCAAUGAUUUUUAUGAGCUGCAUCAGCAGACCUUUUGCUUUGAUGUUACUGCUUUAAAUAAACCAACCUGCAUCAC